UGCAGCUAAAAACGAACAGACCUACGAAAUCGGACUGGUUGUAUACAACGUCGUGGUCGUUCUCAGCAUUUAACGUAAUGACUAAAAUAUGUUGGAAAAUUACACUCGCGUGGGGACAAACGGCAAACAGCGACGUUACUUAAUAUCCACUCCAACGAUCGUUCGUACCGCAUGAUAGUAGUAUUCGCUGGUAUUUCCGUGCAAGCAAGAAGCGAUACGAUACGUUACGUCGAGGAGGUUCUCUCGCGUCUUUUUCCCAGUUUUGUUACAUAUCUCGUUACAUCGUUGGCUGAAGGAUUCGUUGUUUUGUUCGAUUGCGGAGCCGCUACACCAGGUUGGAAAUUCAAGAGGAUUCGAGGGAGAUAUGGAGAUGGACGAAUGUUCAGCUGGUGGAGAGAGCGGAGCGGAGGAGGACGAAGACGAGGGUUCGAUGCACGGUUCUAGGAGCGAGAGUAGCAGUAGUAGCAUGACCGGUACCAGCACGAGUACAGACAGUGAGGAAGACAGCGCAGAGGAGCACGGUACGAGCAGUAGCGAAAGCCAUAGCUCGGCGGAGGAGGACGAAGAUGAGAAUGAAAAUACAGAAUACAUGGUAAACGUAGAGAGUUGCGAUGCUUUGAGAUGGGAGAUGUGUGUCGCCGCCAAUACUAAAGUAAAAUUACCGCAGGACGUUUGCGAACAUUUCGGCGUUUUCAAGGAGAUGCUAGAUUACCCGCGUCUUUGGAACGAAUGUCUGACGGAGAGUCAGAGGGAAACGUUGUACAACCUCUUACCAAUGUUUCCAAAGGACUGUGACGUAGAGGCGGAAGUGGACAAGUCGUUGCAGAUGCUGUUUAACAGAGAAAAUGACAGAUUCGGCAUCACGGCGCUGGAUGCGUUUCACAAUCACCUUUCCACCGGUCACUAUCGUCCCGACAUCAGGCGAAUGCGUGGUCUACUUUGCAAAGCGCGGAAGAGGCGAUUGUUGUUCGAGGAGCGGAAACGCUCGUACGAAUUAGCGAGCCAGUUACUCAAGUCGCGGGAGAGUUUGCUGUCGAAUGCGUACAAGCAGGGCUUCAGUCAGCCGGCGAACCGGACGGUGUCGAAGCUCCACUUGCGUAAAUCGAAGCCGGUGAUGGUUGAAGAGAAGACCCAGCUGCGCUAUGUGGAAGAACUGAACGCGGUUCGUGCAGAGCUCGGGGCCAACACGAGACUGUCCGCCGACACGACGUCCGAAAACGAAGAGAAUUAUCCGCAUUUCCAGACGACUGGGGCUAAACAGAGAAGGAAACGGCGUUCUACCAUGAGCUUUCAAGGAUUAUCGGUCAAAGGCUUGCAAUUCAGCCACGAGGAUGAGACGAUUCGACCUGUAUUCUCCACUUUGCAACGAAUGGAAUAUGUUCCGAACGGGUCGCUGUUCGUACGCGAGCAGAUGGAAGACGCCUAUCGGGCCAUGUUGAUAGAACACAAAAAACGACGAGCUCGUCGUGAUAUCCAUCCGGAAUUGAAUACCCAGGGAAUCGCGCUUGCCGACCUCACGCAGAGGUCGCAGAUUGGUCAGAAGCACAAGCUCUCGAUCGGUAAUUCCAUGAGGAUUACACCAGCCAAGAAGAAAAUCAAGCUGGAGCAAACCUCGCUGUGUCCGCCCGCAUCAAAAUUGACGAGUUCCAAUUCUGCAAUAAAGCACGAGAGUGACAACAGCGACUAUUCCCACACUACGGAUGAUAACCGACAGGCGAAUGUCGCCGAUGUGGAUUACAACAGAAUAGCUGCGACCCUCGUGAAGUCGGAACCGGCCGAUUCGUACGAGCCGCAUCAAUUGGCUAAAAAGAAAAUGGGCCCGGUGACUCCGGUGAAAAGCAGCAGCAAGCCGGCGAUGACGAAUCCACCGGAGAUAAAGAAAGAAAUCGAGGAUCUGGAAUACGACGAGGUCAAGGCGGAACUAGGUUCCGGCGUGAACGAGGACGCGCUAGCCGACACCGAGGAGGAAGAGGAGAAUGAGUCGAGGAAAGAGCUCGAUUUGGACAGCAUCGACAUGAUGCAGUUACCGAUUCAACUUGACGACGGAAUCGACAUUCUUGAUGACGUCAAGUGCGAGGAUGAGGGCGUUAUAUCGAUACCGGAGAAGGAAUUGACUCUGUCCUCUAACGAUAUCACCAGGGACUGCGUCGGCAACGGGACGGAAUUGAUGCAAGAGACGCACGCUUGCUUCUUCUCCCUAUUGCGGGAUGCCUUCACCAAGGGAAAGUACCAGAUGAGCGCGGCGGACAUGAACGAUGCGAUAACGCAGUGGCAGGGCAAUCCUAUUUCACCUCUGAACGCUUGGUACCCUCUGGAACCUUCAUGGCCGACGUUAGUGCCGCUGGCUCUAGGCUUCCUCGCCGGCGAGUUGACGUAUCCUCAAGACUUGGAGCAACAGCAGGAACGGGAUCAGGAACUAGUGCCGUAUCUGGAAAACAAAGGUCGAGGGGUAUAUGCGUGGAUCGGUGCGGGUCGAGACUCGGAUACCCUGUUGCAGGAUCUGUGCACGAAAUUCCUCACGUACAAAGACUCGUUGACACCGUCGGCCAACAACGCUGUAGCGGUCACGAAACCGCAGCAGCAGCAGCAACAGCAACAGCAACAGCAGACUCAGCUUACUCCCUCGAGCAACACCAACAGCGGCAGUCUGGCAUUGGAACCCACCGGUAUAGAGGCUGGUGCCGCUGGAACUGUCGCCGAGCUGGAACCACCUCGCGCGCUAUUUCCCACGGAAUGGAAGGUCCGCCCGUCCACAGCGGAGGAACGCGAGGAAUUUCGGAGGCAGGAGCGUAUGCGCUACUCUACGCCCCACAAAGCGUUCACUUAUCGCAUGCACGGUUACGCGUCCGUGGUUGGCCCGGUCAAAGGAAUCUAUCAGCACAACAUCGCUUCGGGACAGAGUAAAGCGCGGGAUCACAUACUGCUGGUGGCGGAUCGGCCAAACUACGUGACGAUUCUGGCAUUGGUCAGGGAUGCUACUGCCCGACUGCCCAACGGCGAAGGGACCCGGGCUGACAUUUGCCAGUUGCUCAAGGACUCGCAGUACAUCAUCGAACAGGGAAACAGCGACGAGAAUUUCCAUUCGGCGGUGUCGGGAGCGCUUGACAGGUUGCAUUACGAGCCAGAUCCCUGCGUCAGAUAUUAUCCUCGUCGAAAGGAAUGGCUGUACCUUCAUCGGGCACGUUCCGAGUCCGAAUUCGAAAUGUAUCACCAGCAAUUGCAAGGUGUUCCAAAGAAUAAGAAAAACGUUGGAAAUACGUCGCGAAGUAAAGCUCAACAACCCGUCGUCAAGGGGUCAACCGGUGCAAACAAGGAACAGGCUCCGAACAACAAGGAAGUUACCCUCAAGAAAGAACGGCGAACAACGACCGUACCUGUGCAGCCUGCUAUGCCCAAAAAGGAGCAGCGUAAAGCCGAGGAGAAAACUGUCAGUGAACAUUCCAUCUCGAGCGAACAAUCCGUCAACGCCAGCGUGGAAAUGGCAAUCGGUACAGCGACAACGACACCGGCCGUCUCCCGCGUCGAAGCGCCUGUUCCCAUUGCGUCGCUCGUCGGCUCGUCGGCUACGGCACUCGGCACGAGCGUAGCGAGCAUGGAAGCACGAGACAACAUCGCGAUGGAGGCGAAAUCGCAACUUGCGCCGGUGACACCCAUAAAAAAACCAGCGACCAUCGGCGGGAAGCCUGUCGCCGUGGUGAAAACAAACGCCACGCAGAGCCUGCUGCAGUCGAAUCAACACAAUUUUCCGCAUCACCAAAUUCAAGUGUCCACGUCCGCUGGAUUGCAAACGAUUCGUCUGUCUGGACACUCGGUGCUGCAGUCCGCGCAACAGUCCGUCUCGGCUAGCAGUAACACUAGCGUGACGAAUGGAACUGCGACCAAUCUGGCGAUGUUGCCGCCCACGAAAGCGCAGAACCAGCAGCAACAGCAGACAGCCGUGGUAACGAAUCAAGCAGCGAAGAGUAUUUUACAAGCCACUAACAUGAAGCAGCAACAGUCGCAACAGCAGCAGCAGCAGCACGUAUUGCCAGGCAAAACUCUCUUGGCGUCGCAAAUCAAGUUGGUUAGCUCGAGUCAAAUUAAAUCGAUACUUACGACCCACGGUCUUCAGGGACAGGCUAUAUUCAUCAAGCAGUCCUCACCAUCGAAUAAUCAGUCGCAGCAGCAGCAGUUGCAACAACAGCAGCAGCAGCAACAGCAGCAGCAACAACAACAAUUAAAGCAGCAACAACUUCAACAGCAGCAGCAACAGCAGCUCCAACAACAACGAGUGGUUGCCAGCCAACAACAGCCUAUACAGCAGACUCCCGGAAUGCAACGUAUAAUCGCGCAAAUUGGGGGAAAACCGAUCGCUGUGCAAAUACAGCAGUCGCCUCAUCAUCAACAGCAGCAGCAGCAGCAGCAGCAGCAACAGAAAAUACUGGCAAAAGUUUUGACGAACAGCGGCGGGGGACAAAUCAUUUCCGUUGAGAACUUAUUCGGUCAGAAAGGGUUGAAGCUGGCGACUACUGCCAGUCACGCUAAUCAACUUAACAGACAGGGCAAAGUUAUACAGGCUCAGUAUCAGGUAGUACCGCAAGCGCAAGCGUCUUCUGGCCAAUCGAAGAUAAUAGCCGUCAGUACCCAGCAUCAGCAAUCUCCGCAACAGGGUCAGACCGUUCGAAUGGUCACUGCCCAACUCGCCGGGAAACCCAUCGUACUAGCAAGUGGUAACAAGAACGUCGGGGUCGCGGUGAGCACCAGCGGCGGAAACGUAGUGUUGGGCAAACACCCAGCCUCCCAUCAGUCGCAGCAGCAGCAACAGCAGCAGCAGCAACAACAGCAGCAGCAACAAACGCAACAACCGAUCAUCUUGCCGAGUCAGUUGCUCAACAUCAAAACGUUACACGGACUUAAAGUAAUUCCCACUCCGACUGGAUUGAAAACUGCGGGUGGUGCCGUUUACGCUCGGGUUAUCGCUCCUACGACGAUAGCCUCGACGCAAGCUGCUGCGACGAGUCAGCAACAGACUCUUCAGACGCAACCAAGAAACACCUCUUAUAGCACGCCUUGACAAGAUUGAUAUCGCUCGCACACGUCCACCCCACGUUCGCUUAAUGUCGUUUCUGCAAUUAUGCAUACGUUGCGCGUGCUUUAAGGGGGGAGCCUGCUUUAGAACGUUGAAAAUAAGGUCGAAUUUUACGAAUUGUUUUUGGAGAAACUAUACAG